AUGCGUUUGACACCCUUGCUGGCAGCUCUUGUGCUCCCUUUGUUGACGGUGCUCGCGACACCCGUCACUCCAGUGGGUGAAGCUGAGGUUGUUGAGGUAGACGUAGCUCCUCGUCAGAUCAGUCUCAACCCAGCCAGCUCUUGUCCAAAGGGACAGUUAUGGUGCUGCGUCUCCCUUGACCUUGUCUCGAAUUCACUUAUAGCUGGGCUCCUCGUCACGCUCGGUAUCUUGGAUCCUACAGGGAUCAAUACCGCGGGCGUCCAGUGCACUCCGCUAUCGUGGCCGUUCCAAAUGUCCUGUGGCAACAAGGAUCUCUGCUGUGAUCCUGACCUACCCGUCGUUGGACUCUUGCUGAAACUCAACUGUCGCUCCGUGAACCCGCUCCUGUAG